GCUUUCUUUUUUCUCCAUCAUUCAUUUUUGGGUUAUAUUUGUCGGUGAUCGGUGAUCAGUAUUCUGGUAUGCUGUAUGGAACAUACACGCAUAUCAAGAAUAGCUAGUCACAAAUUCUCUCACACAACCAGUACCACAGAAUUCAAACAACCAAAAGUUUCGUUCGUUGGUUCAAUUUUUGCUGGUUAUUUUUUUUUCUAGUUUCUUUUUUUUCAUUUCACUGUGUUCUCAUUUUGUUUUGGCAUCUUUGUUUUGCUUUUUUUGGUGGAUGCGUUGUAUAGAAUUUUUUUCGUUUUCUUCGAAUCGCUAUGAUUGUGAUUUUUCCAUACUCUCUUUCUCGGUGUGUGUUCAUUGCUCGAACAAACAAAAAAAAUUCUAUUUUGUGACCAACAAAAAAAAAAAUUUCGAAGAGUGUGUGUGUUGUUCGGAUUUUUUCUUGUUCAAUUCGAUUUGAUGAUGAAUGACGGAUGAAUGAUUGCCUGUUGUCGUCGUUGUUGUUAAUGUUGUUUACAAAUUCCGAUAUCAUCAUCAUCAAUUUUUCUUUUGUGUAAAUUCACCCACAUAUCAUUCGAUUAUUCAAUUCUUUUCUUUUCGAGAGAAAAUUCUUUUACACAAUGGAAAAUUCGGACAGUACAAAAGAUGAUGAGAAGAAGAUCGUGGCCACCACCACCAACAACAACAACAACGCUAAUAACAAACCGAUACCAAAAAUGAUGAAAAUGUUAAGCGAAAAUAAAUUGAAACGAUUAAAUAUCUUAACAUUUAUAAAUGAAAAAAAAGAAAUUCUAUUCACUAAAAAAGCAUAUAAAUUCGAAAAAGAACAUAUUUGGCGUGAAAUUUUCGAAAUGAUGCGUGAUUCCGGCAUGGUAUCAGCGGAAAAGGAUUGGCGUUAUGUUCGUGAUGUAUCAUUUUCAAAUUGGCGCAAACGUGCACAAAAACGUUUGAAACAUUUAGCUGCAAAUGGUUAUCGUUUGAAUAUGGAUGAAUGUGAAUUUCUCAUAUCGGAUAUCCUUGGUCAAACACCCGAUAAAUCUAUGCUCAAAAAAAUCCAACAACAACAAAAUGCUUUCAAACAACAACCGCUGCCAUCGUCGCAACAGAUCAAAACAAUGAUAAAAUGUUCGAAUAAUAAUAUCGAUGGUGAUGAUAUCGAUUGUAUCGAUGAUGAUGAUGAUGAUAUCGAACACGAUGAGGAUGAGGAAGAUGAAAUGAUGGAAUCCGAUGAUGAAUAUAUGAUCGAUUCGGAUGAAGAAGAUUCUGAAUUCAUUAUGAAUGAAAUGUUUUUAAUACCAAAAGUUGUUAUCAAUGAUAAUGAUCAUUCAAACAUUAAAUCUAAUUCUUCAUCAUCAUCAAUGAUUAAAAAUGGUAAAAAUCAAUCACAAAUUGUUAAUCAUCAUCAUCGUAAUCAUAAUCAUCAAGGUAAUCAGGGUUCAAUGGUAAAUGGUUCGAAAUUAUCAUCGACAACAACAUCGAAAUCAAUUCAUAUCAAUAAUAUUAAUGAUGAUCAUCAAUAUUAUCAAAAUGAACAAAGAUUAAUGGAUCUAGAAAUUGAAAAUAAAAUCCUAAAAAAUCGUUAUAUGAAAUUAAAAAUUUUGAAAUUGGAAAAAAAUCUUGGCUUUGAUCAUUGUGACGAGGUUAAAGAUCUUUUGAUUAAUUCCAAUCAUCAAUAAAUGACCAUUAUCAACUAACCAACAUUCGUUAUCAACUUCAAUGUCCAAACAAACUACCCAAAAACAUAUCUUCGUGUGCAACGAUAUAUUUGAACAAUUCUUUCCAAAUCUAAUCACAUCAUAUCUGA